AUGUGCCUCAGGAAAGGGCACCCUUGCCCGGGGUACCAGCGAUCGCUAAGAUGGUCGACAAAGCAUGAGCGUCGGUUCGAAGACAGCAGCAUAUUUCUUCCGAGUACCCCACCUCAUCGUUCUGGGGUAGAUGUAACAUCGAAUACUGCCGCAGGAGAUGAUGCGAAUGAACCGAACACGGUCACCGUUGAGGGUGUGGCUCAACCAGUGGAGGGUCUUGCUGGGGAGUUAUCUGCUGCAACAUGUUGGUUCCCUUGGGGGGACGCGGAUGCUCCCUGUGACAUCCGUAACUUUGAAAGCCGAAAUAGCGGCCCGGCUUUUCUUGCGACGCUUGAAUCACCCUUCUCUCCAGUCUUCACGACCGCGGAAGCCCCGGAUCGCCUCGAUCUGGAUGGAUUCUCGGUGCCUGCAGCAUCAACCGCCUUUUCUCGAACUACUGGUCUGGGUUUUCUAGACGCAGAAAAUGCCCUCGACAGAGAAAAUCAUAGCAAUAAACUCCCGGCUCUUGUUUCACAAGGGAGCAGCAUCUCCCAAAUCACCGACCUCCCCUCCUUCCUCAUCACCACUUGGUUCAAUCAUAUCUGCCCUAUGUGGUCAGCCUUUGAUUCAGAUGCGAAUAUGAAUCGCAAGAUUGUGCUCGAAUGCUGGUCAAGCAAUGAGGCCAUUUUUUAUUCUUUGCAGAGCAUGGCGGCCGCGUACAUGAUUGACAGUCUUCCGCAUCUGGCCUCAAUGGCCAAACUCUCGACAAGGAGAGCAGUACAAACUAUCAAGGUGGAUCUCGCGGUUAGUCUAGCCUCACAGGAUAUUGAUCGAAUUCCCGUCGGACUAGCACUAUCCUUGAUCUGUUUGGGAACCUCCCUGUGCUGGACCGACUCCAAAGAGAUCGGGUCUGCGUUCCUUCGCCAAACAAAGAAACUUCUCCAGCACCUAAACCUCUUUUCUGUUUCGUUGCAGGUACAAGAGCGAGAGCGCCUCUCAUUUCUUAAUCACAGUUGCUUCUACUGGGAUAUGCUAUGCCGAACGGUUAGCGGUGAUGAGGAAAUCGGUCCAAGUUGGCAGCUUUACCAGGAUCCUGGGGAUUGGACCACCCAGUCGAUACCCCAUCCAUGGACUGGUAUAUCCGCCAUAACUCAACGCUUUUUCGCCUCGGCCAUCUCGAUAUGCCGCAAAUUCCAUGCGAGAGAAAAGCGCCCACACAAAAUCUCAGGGUCCUCCCUCCGAGGGUCAUUGCAAGACAUUGAGGAUGCGUCAAGUCUAGAACAGCAGAUUCGUAUAUUCCAGGGCUCAAGCCAGUCCGAUCAAUUGAAUACCGGAGAUAUCUGCACGCCUGGCUCUCACUUAGUGUCUGUCGCGGAGGCUUAUCGCCUCGCGGCUCUCUUGCAACUUUACGAGACGUUUGAUGACCUGGCGACCCCGAAGGAUCUUCAUCCCGUCGUUUCGGGAAAGCAAGGAGGGGCAUCUGACUGCAGACGCCUUUCCACGACUUUCAAUUUGCUACAAAUACUAGAAGGCAUACCUUCAAAUUCGGGUUCACGCUCCAUACAGCCUAUUCUUUACAUCACAGCCAGUAUCGGUUUGCGGUUUCGUAACACAUCCAACACGACUAUAAUCGAAUCAGAUCCUUUUAAAGAAACAUCUCUGGCGGAUAUGAUCGGCCUCGAAAGUUCCCCAUCAUCGUCCUCGAUGGCUGACUGGUUAUCUACUGGCUCUGACACCACGUUGAGCACCGAUGUCAGAAUAAGCAAAGCUCGUCAUUUUGUAAUGACGCGGUUUAGUGCACUUGAACAAAGCUUGCCCUCGCGACCGAUCAAAAUUGCAAAGGCCUUGGUUAGUGAAAUAUGGGCGUCUUAUGACAGCUUCCCGAAUGAGACACACUGGCUAGAUGUGAUGCAGCGAACAGGUCUAUAUACCAUAUUUGGCUAG